AUUCUGCAAAAGCUGCCCGGAACAGGCUUUCCUCUGAAAAGCAGUGCCGUUCCUUUUUAGAAAGACUGAAUCUAAAUGUUGUCUCUGGAGACGAGAAGCCUUCAGUAUGUUAAAUUACUUUCAUUAUGUAUUUUCAGAUGCUUAUUGAUUCCACAGUAGGAAGAGUGAGAGACUGCAGCAGCCUCUAAGCAGCACUACAUGUUCCAUACAUUAGCAGUACUGCUGAAACAAUGGCACACUACAGACACAUAUUUUCAUUAAGGUCAUUUUCGAAGAGAUGUUUAUGACCCUCUUCCCCCAGUCCUCUACUAACAAGUGAACAAAAUGAAUCAAUCCAAACUGGAAAUGCUUCAACUACAUCAAGAAUUUAUCAAAUCUUUAGCAGAGGGCCGAUAGCAGCUAAUUCAGUAUUUACAACUGACAAUAUGAAGAAUGCAAUUGACUGAGCAUCUCCCUAGCUGUCUGAACUACGAACUGCAAGAUGUUCUUGUAACACGACUUUAAGACAUUAAGGAGUUAAAACCAGGGAAUAGGUCUACAUUACUGAUGGAAUAUAAAAAAUCAACUGUAUCCUAAGAAGAUGCUACAUAAAAUAACCACAAAAAGAAAAACAAUAUAACUGUAAAAGCCUGAAAAGAAUUUUUAAAAGGGGAAGUUUAUACUUUCAUAUACCAGAAUUGUGGAAGUUACUGAUUCUGGAAGACAUAAUGAAACAUUAAUUUCCAAAAAGAAAAGAAAAUACUUUAUCAGCACACAAAAGGAAGAUUUAGGAAGUGUUUUCAGCACUAAAUAUUCAGAUAUUCAUAUCAAUUGGUAUGACUAAUGGAUUUUUCUAUCUGACUUUUAUGACCAAUUAUGUAUCCUCUUCUAAUGAAAACAAACAAAAUUAAACAGCAGAUGGUUUUUAUCAAAAGGACAUGGCCUGGAUUUAUAAUAUAAAGCAAGUUAUGUGAUCAAGAAAUCAUUUCAAAAUAGUGAGCACUGCUAUUAAAAACAGAUUUACAAUGGUAACAAAAGGAUGUCUAAAUAUAUUUUAGAAGCUACAAACGUUAUGUUUCCUUUUUUGUUUUCACAUAUUCUGGAAAAUAAAGAAAUAUUAUCAUGUACUCCAUCAAAGGGAAACAUAAUUCCUAUCAUCUGAGGAAAUUCCUCUUGGCCGUGACUUUUUAAAGCAAAACAAAUACAAAUAUUAUGUACUGUUCUUUAGAAAUCCAUCAGCCAACUAAAUCUCAUAAUGCAUGCAGUUGAAGUAUUGGAGAGAAAACGAAAGAAUUCCUACAAGACAUGAAAUAAAACACAGCUACUUCACUGUUGUCAGGUAAAAAUUCAUGUCAAAAUCUGUCAAUGAUAUCAUGUAUCAAUUUGCCAAAAACUGUCAUAGUGAACCAAAAGGCCCAUAAGGCAACAGCAAACAGGGAAAAAAACCAACUGCUCCAAAAGAAUGUGUUUUUCUCCCAUUCUGGAAAUCAACAUGCAGUCUGAAUCUAACAUUACAGUGCGAGAUGACAUUGAUGACAUCAACACCAAUAUGUACCAACCACUAUCAUAUCCGUUAAGCUUUCAAGUGUCUCUCACCGGAUUUCUUAUGUUAGAAAUUGUGUUGGGACUUGGCAGCAACCUCACUGUAUUGGUACUUUACUGCAUGAAAUCCAACUUAAUCAACUCUGUCAGUAACAUUAUUACAAUGAAUCUUCAUGUACUUGAUGUAAUAAUUUGUGUGGGAUGUAUUCCUCUAACUAUAGUUAUCCUUCUGCUUUCACUGGAGAGUAACACUGCUCUCAUUUGCUGUUUCCAUGAGGCUUGUGUAUCUUUUGCAAGUGUCUCAACAGCAAUCAACGUCUUUGCUAUCACUUUGGACAGAUAUGACAUCUCUGUAAAACCUGCAAACCGAAUUCUGACAAUGGGCAGAGCUGUAAUGUUAAUGAUAUCCAUUUGGAUUUUUUCUUUUUUCUCUUUCCUGAUUCCUUUUAUUGAGGUAAAUUUUUUCAGUCUUCAAAGUGGAAAUACCUGGGAAAACAAGACACUUUUAUGUGUCAGUACAAAUGAAUACUACACUGAACUGGGAAUGUAUUAUCACCUGUUAGUACAGAUCCCAAUAUUCUUUUUCACUGUUGUAGUAAUGUUAAUCACAUACACCAAAAUACUUCAGGCUCUUAAUAUUCGAAUAGGCACAAGAUUUUCAACAGGGCAGAAGAAGAAAGCAAGAAAGAAAAAGACAAUUUCUCUAACCACACAACAUGAGGCUACAGACAUGUCACAAAGCAGUGGUGGGAGAAAUGUAGUCUUUGGUGUAAGAACUUCAGUUUCUGUAAUAAUUGCCCUCCGGCGAGCUGUGAAACGACACCGUGAACGACGAGAAAGACAAAAGAGAGUCUUCAGGAUGUCUUUAUUGAUUAUUUCUACAUUUCUUCUCUGCUGGACACCAAUUUCUGUUUUAAAUACCACCAUUUUAUGUUUAGGCCCAAGUGACCUUUUAGUAAAAUUAAGAUUGUGUUUUUUAGUCAUGGCUUAUGGAACAACUAUAUUUCACCCUCUAUUAUAUGCAUUCACUAGACAAAAAUUUCAAAAGGUCUUGAAAAGUAAAAUGAAAAAGCGAGUUGUUUCUAUAGUAGAAGCUGAUCCCCUGCCUAAUAAUGCUGUAAUACACAACUCUUGGAUAGAUCCUAAAAGAAACAAAAAAAUUACCUUUGAAGAUAGUGAAAUAAGAGAAAAAUGUUUAGUGCCUCAGGUUGUCACAGACUAGAGAAAAGUCUAAGUUUCACCAAAUCCACAUUCAAAUGAGUUUUAAAUUUAAAUUGUAAAAACUGAUAUUACUGCCAAAUAUAAGAAAAAUAUUUUAAGUAUUGGUUAUGUUGUAAAUUUUCAAUGUGAAUGUCAAUUAGAUAGGUCAUAUAUAUUCAAUUUCUUCAUUACUUAAUGUAUUUGUUGCAUGGCAGUUUGUUAAAGUACUAUCAUGUGUAUAUUUUGUCAAUAUUAUGUCCAACAGAAAAUAUUCAUGUAAGUCAUAUUUUUUAAGGAAUAAAUACAUAGCCUUAAAACAGUGUAUAACUUUAAAAUGUAACUGACAUAGGUAUCCUUGCUUUAUUUUUUAAGUUAAAAUGCAUUGUUUCUAAGCCACAAACUACAGAUAUAUUUAGAUUACAACUGGAGUAGCAUUUUAAUCUAAAAACCAAAAUUAUGGGCUCAAAACAAUCCAGUAUUUUCCAUACCACUAUGCUAUGUUUCCUGGUAUAGUGUAUUUGCUAUAUUUGAUGCAUCAAAAAUAAUUAAGUACGUAUGAAGCUUUAUUCUUUUAAAUGUAAAAAAUCAUAGAAUUUAUCAAAAUUUUAAAAUUAAUGAACCAAAAAAACCUCUGUAUACACACCAAAAUAGAGAAACUUUAAAAUUCAUGUUUACUAGGAAAAAAAAGAUUGAUUUUCUAAGUUCAAGGACAGUAUGCCUAUAAUAUACAAAUGAAAUGAAACUAAAGGGAAGGAAGAAUACUAAAACACCAGCCUCUUUCUUCCUUCCUCACUUUGCUUAAGUCUAAGCCAAAUGCUCUGGAUUAAUAUAGUGCGAUGAUUUAAAAAAAAAAAAAAAAAAACAGUACAUCAAAAUAAGCUGACUUCCUAACUUUAUUCAACUCAGCUCUUUUGUAUAAUAGAAAGUUAACUACCCAAAUCUGAAUACCAGGAAUGAAAAAAAAAAAAGACUUUAAAUCAU